AUGCAGCGCGUGCUUGCGGAAUAUGACAUCUACACCAGCUCGAUUCACGGCCGCCCGGCAUUUGUCAAGUCCGACAUGUUGGACAUGGGCGAAAAGUACGAGGGCCUUGCAUCAGAACGGGAUGUUGAAAAGCACCGUGCUGCUCGGAAGCAAUUAGCUCCUGCGUUUAGCCCUCGCGCUUUGAGGGAGUAUCAGCCCAGAAUACACCAUCACGUCAAUCAACUGCUUCUGAAACUGGAAGAAAUCCCAGCAAAAGACGACGGGUUUAACAUUGUGCCGGCAUGCAUCCCCACGUCUCAACUGGAAGAAACCUCGGCGGCAUGUAAGCUAAUCGAUGAUGCCCAGUGGUUUGAACGAGUCACGACAGACCUUGGUGGCGCCAUAGCAGUAAACCACGAUUUUAACAACGUUCGGGACGGGAAAAAUCACCCCAUUCUGGAAUCCAUUCUGGGUGUCGGCCAGUGGACAACGAUCCGCGUCGUCUUUCGGCGGUUUCCACUGAUUUCUUGGAUGUCUUACCUCCUGCUGUCUCCCAAGGUCGCUCUCAGUUACGCCAGAGCCCACAGUCUGAGCAGUAAUCUCAUCCAAGACCGGGUGAAGAAUCGACAUGAUCAGAAACAACUGGACUAUUUGACACAGUUUAUGAGCGAAAUCGACCCGUUGCCUCCAAAGGAGUUCCUCGUAUCUCAAGCUGGUCAUUUGAUCUUUGAUCAUUUCGAGUCCUCUAGCGUGUUGUCGGCCAUCUUUUACUUUCUGACCACAAAUAAUGAGGCAAUGGCCAGAUUGCAAUCGGAACUGCGAGGCACUUUCGCCUCUGUAGAUGAAAUGACAGAUGAAGCCUUGCGUGAGCUUCCUUGGCUUCACGCUAUUCUCGAGGAGUCGCUUCGAAUCCACACCAAUGUGCCGUAUGGGCUGCCUCGCAUCAGCCCAGGGCACACGAUCGAUGGAAACUACGUGCCGGAAGGGUGUGUGGUUUCAACAUGCGCCUAUGCGACAACCCACUCAGUCAGGUAUUUCAAGGACCCUUACAAGUUCAAGCCCCAGAGAUGGCUGCCGACCACGCAUCCAGACUACCAUCACAGCUGUGAUACCGAUGCUCGCAGCGCAUUUAGGCCAUUUAGCAUCGGAUCUCGCAACUGUAUUGGGCAGGCCAUGGCGUAUGUGGUGCUUCGGAUCAUGGUUGCCAAACUCUGUUGGAAAUUUGACUGGGAGCUGGUGAACAGGAACGACGUCGACUGGGACAGAGACUUGCGAGUUUACAUGGUAUGGCAAAAGCCUCCUGUGCGAGUUCGACUUGCUUCGUUUGCGGGACAGGCUCAAUAA